GGUACUGCAUGAUUUGCACAAAUAAAAAUAUUUUCUGAGACAUUUUGUCUAUUUGUCAAAAAAGUGAAUUAAUAGCAGUUUGCAAAGUUUCACUACAAUAAAAACAAAAAAACAUAAGGGAGGACAAAGGAAGAAAAAAGAGGCAAAAAUGAAAGCAAUCGCAUCUCUCACUGCAAGUGUGAUUAAGUGAAUGCUAAUGUCUGUCUGUUCAUUGCUUUUUAAACGUCAUAAUAAUAAUAUUUUCAUAAUAGCGCCACCAGAUUGUGCAAAAAAAUAAAAAGUAAACGUCUUCUUAGAAUCUGCUGCUGCCAUGACAUGUCAUAUACAGUCUGUCAACAUCCGCACAGAAAAUGUCUCUCUGCUUAACCAUCUCUACCAGAAGGGGGACCAGUCCGUCUGCCGUAGACCGAGAGUGGCCGACGGCGAGCUGAAGCAGAGGAGACGCCAGGGUGAGCAAGCCGACUCUGGGUUUAGAGUUCGACUCCAGAUCCGAGGAGCCGGCAGAUCCAGCAAUCCGCAUCUUGCCACGAUCCCUAGGAUUUUAAUCAUGCCUCUCUGUCUGUGUGUGAGUGCAGGCAGGCUGACAAUGAUUUCCUCAGUGAUUACGUACAGAGCGAGUCCCUGCGGGGUAGGGGCCCCCUCUGGAGCCAUCCUGAUGGCUUUGGGGGCCUUGCUUCCAUUUUCCAUUAUUAUGUGGACUACCGGAGCGACAGCGCAGUCCAAGACCUUGCAGGUUUGUGAUGAGGAGGGAGCUUCCAUCUUCUCUCUGCUUCUUCAUCCUCUUUUUAAGAGCAAUUUAGACCUAGACUUAGAUCAGAUUCCAAACCUAAUUCAUGAUUAGAUGACUGGAGAGGGAAAAGGGAAGAGUCUGUGAUAGUUUUGAUCAUGUUAGAUGGAUAUGGAGUGAAAAGUGUAUUUAUCAUUUUUACACCUUUUCGGGGGGUUUUGGUACAUUUUUGUGCACUGUCACAGGAGACGUUUUGCUGAUGUCUUUCUGCCGCGGAUGCAUUUGAGAUGAGAGGCGAAAGGCACAUUUUGCACUUUUAUUUCUAAAAAAAAAAAAAAAAAAAAAAAGAACGAAAGAAAGAAAGGAAACACAUCAUGCCAUUACGCGUGUGUGUUUUGCCGGAGAAUGGAAGCGCAUGACGGGAUCUCUAUAUCCUCACACUUUUCCCCGAUACCCGGCUCAACUAAGCGGCGUCGCCUGCACAGAUCGGGCUAAUCGGAUUUUAUCUCGUCCACCUACUCAUCACAAAACAACAGCAAACUCGUGCCGCGACCGCGCGUCAAAGGGGCCAAGUUGCACCUUUCUGUGAUGGUCAAAAGGCAGCCGCGGUUGUGGUCAGGGAAAUUUAGAGAGACUGCACCUUUAGACCAUCCCGUGUUGUUGAAAUUAUCCGACAGAAACUGAGCAACUUCAGCGUUUUUUUUCUGUAGGAUGUCGCGCCGCAAGCAAGCUAAACCAAGAUCACUGAAAGUAGAAGACAAUGUGACAGAGGACCAGCACAGUCCCGGGCAGACUGCCAUUCCAAGUGAUCCAGAGAGCGCCCUCGAGAGGGCGGCGGAGGAUGGUGAGGCCGGGCAUUUGAAGAAGAGGCUGCUUUCUCCAGAGGAAGGAGAGGAGGGAGAGGAGGAGGACGAGGAGCCUGCGCUGCACAGCUGCGACAGCUGCCGGCAGGUGUUCGAGUCGCUGAGCGAUCUCACCGAACACAAGAUUAAUCAAUGCCAGCUGACAGAUGGUGCUGAUCUGGAGGAUGACCCAUCGUGUUCCUGGCCAGCAUCAUCUCCUUCCAGUAAGGAUCAGACUUCUCCAGGACACUGUGAGGACUACGAUUAUGGUGAAGAGGAAGGGGGCCCUGGUCUGCCGUACCCAUGUCAGUUCUGUGACAAAUCCUUCAGUCGCUUGAGUUUCCUAAAGCGCCACGAACAGAGUCACGGUGACAAACUCCCUUUCAGCUGUACCUUUUGCAGUCGGCUCUUUAAACACAAGCGCAGCCGAGAUCGACACGUGAAGCUCCACACUGGUGAUAAGAAGUACCACUGUGGAGAGUGUGACUCGGCCUUCUCUCGCAGUGACCACCUAAAGAUCCACAUGAAAACCCACGCCUCUAACAAACCCCACAAGUGCCCCGUGUGCCGUCGAGGCUUCCUUUCCUCCAGUUCUCUUCAUGGCCACAUGCAAGUGCACGAACGGGGCAAAGACGGCAGUAGCUCCAGCCUCUCCAGGGCCGAUGAUUGGAAGCUGAAAGAGACACGCAAAUGCAGUCGUUGUGAGGAAGGUUUUGAUGUUCCAGAAGAGCUUCAGAGACACAUUUCUGAGUGCCACCCAGAGUGCUCGCCCUCAGAAGACGGUGGAUUGGGCGCCACUCUGCAGUGCAUCUAUUGUCAUGAGCCCUUCAGUGAUGAAAGCACCUUGCUAACCCACAUUGACCAGGCCCACAGCCGGGACAGGAAAGGCCAUACCUGUGCUAUCUGCUCUGAACACUUUCUCUCUGUUGAAGACCUCUAUGCUCACAUGGACAUUCACCAGCUCCCAGAGUCGAGUAACCACAGUAACAGUCCUUCGAUGCUAACAGUGGGCUACACCUCUGUCUCUAGCACUACUCCUGACUCUAACCUCUCCGUUGACAGUUCCACGAUGGUGGAGACAGCUCCACCUGUGCCCAAGACAAGGGGCAGGAGAAAGAGGGCUGCUCAGAACUCAUCAGACUUAGGAGGACGUUCCUCCAAACAGGCUAAAGUAUCCUACAGUUGUAUUUACUGUAACAAGCAAGUGUUUUCUAGUUUGGCAGUGCUUCAAAUUCACCUACGGACCAUGCAUCUGGAUAAGCCAGAGCAGGCUCAUACUUGCCAGUAUUGUUUGGAGGUCUUGCCUUCACUGCUUAAUCUGAAUGAACAUCUUAAGCAGGUCCAUAAUGCGGAGGACCAAGCGGUGCUUUUAGCCAGCUUGCCUGAUGCCCUACUCCAGUGCAACUUUUGCCCAGAGGUGCUAAGUGACCUCAAUGCACUCCAGGAACACAUCCGCUGCUCACAUGGAUUUCCUAGUCCUGUGGCCAAAGAGAGUAAUGCCUUUUUCUGUCCCCAGUGCUUCAUGGGAUUUUUGACUGAGGCUACCUUGGAGGAGCACGUCCGCCAGACUCACUGUGAUGGGGGCAGCUUGCGAUUCGACUCUCCCUUGGCUGUAACACCUAAGGAGCCUAUAGUAGAAGUGUACUCCUGUUCAUACUGUACAAAUUCUCCUAUAUUCAACAGUGUCCUGAAGCUGAACAAGCAUAUAAAGGAGAAUCACAAGAACAUUCCACUUGCCCUGAACUAUAUCAACAACGGAAAGAAAUCCCUCCGCACUCUCAGCCCUUCUUCUCCAAUAUCGGUUGAGACAACCAUGAUGAAACAGGGCGGCUCAGCUUCUCGUACCUCCAGUGAGUUUAUAUGUAACCAGUGUGGAGCCAAGUAUACAAACUUGGACCUUUUCCAGACUCACCUAAAAACUCACCUGGAUGGCCUGCAGCCUCAGCUGACGUGCCCACAGUGCAACAAAGAGUUCCCCAACCAAGAGUCCUUGUUAAAGCACGUGACAAUUCACUUUACUAUCACCUCCACUUAUUACAUCUGUGAGAGCUGUGACAAGCAGUUCACGUCGGUGGAUGACUUGCAGAAGCACCUCCUGGACAUGCAUACUUUCGUGUUCUUUCGUUGCACUCUCUGCCAAGAAGUGUUUGACUCAAAAGUGUCCACCCAGCUCCACCUUGCUGUGAAGCACAGCAAUGAGAAGAAAGUGUAUCGCUGCACCUCCUGCAACUGGGAUUUCAGGCAUGAGACUGACUUACAGCUACAUGUAAAACACAGCCACCUGGAAAACCAGGGCCGUGCCCAUCGAUGCAUUUUUUGCGGCGAAUCCUUCGGCACAGAGGUGGAGCUGCAGUGUCACAUCACCACCCACAGCAAGAAGUAUAACUGUCGCUUCUGCAGCAAGGCCUUCCACGCUAUCGUCCUCUUAGAGAAGCACUUAAGAGAGAAGCACUGUGUUUUUGAGGGCAAGGCACAGAAUUGUGGUGCUAAUGGCUCUACUGCGAGUGGUGGAGAAGGUCAGCCAAAAGAGGAUUCUGAAAUACAAAGUCUUCUAACAAACAGUCAUGGUACAGGGGCAGCAGUAGGUUCUGCAGUGGAGUCCCAGAACAGCCAUGAUGGAAGUGAGGAAGAGGUGGAAACUGCAGAACCCAUGUAUGGGUGUGACAUCUGCGGUGCAUCCUAUACAAUGGACUCACUCCUGACUAAUCAUCAGCUGAGAGACCAUAAUAUACGACCUGGAGAGAGUGCAAUGAUUAAAAGGAAAGCUGAGAUGAUAAAAGGCAACCACAAGUGCAAUGUCUGUUCUCGCACCUUCUUCUCUGAAGCCGGGCUGAGAGAACACAUGCAGACCCACCUUGGGCCUGUUAAACAUUACAUGUGUCCAAUAUGUGGAGAGCGUUUCCCUUCCUUACUCACCUUGACUGAGCAUAAGGUUACUCACAGCAAGAGUUUGGACACAGGAAGCUGCAGAAUCUGUAAGAUGCCCCUGCAAAGUGAGGAAGACUUUCUGGAGCACUGUCAGAUGCACCCAGACCUGAGGAACUCCCUGACAGGUUUCCGCUGUGUUGUCUGCAUGCAGACAGUAACCUCCACAUUGGAGCUCAAGAUCCAUGGUACAUUUCACAUGCAAAAAACAGGUACCAUGACUGCAAACCAUCCCGUAGGCCGCAACAAUGUAAUCUCUCAUAACCAACAUCAACACCAUCCUCAGAAAAUCUUCAAGUGUGCCUCUUGUCUAAAAGACUUCCGGUCCAAACAAGAUCUUGUGAAGCUGGACAUCAACGGCCUGCCUUACGGACUCUGUGCAUCGUGUGUGGCUGCGGCAGGUUCUAAAAGCUCCAGUCCCACCAUGAACGGAGGCAGGCAGCAGCUCCACGGAGGAUCCACCACCCCCGCCCCAAAUAUGGGCACGCGGGGUCAGGGGGAGGGUCUCAGCCCUGGGGAGGGGAAAGGCAAAACUGUCUCUUCAUCAUCCUCAUCCUCCUCCACAUCAUCCUCCGUUGCCAAGACACGAUGCUCCAGCUGCAAUGUAAAGUUUGAAUCUGAGGCAGAGUUGCAAAAUCAUGUGCAAACGGUGCAUCGAGAACAGGCAGGAGAUAGCAACAGUGGGCAGAUGAAGACCCCCCAGGUGUCUCCCAUGCCAAGGGCCAGUCCAUCGCUAACUGAAGAGAAGACGUACCAAUGCAUCAAAUGUCAGAUGGUGUUCUACAGUGAAUGGGACAUUCAAGUACAUGUGGCCAACCAUAUGCUGGGCUUACAAGUAUCUGGAUCACAUCAUCAAAUAGAGGAAGGACUGAACCAUGAAUGCAAGCUGUGCAGUCAGUCGUUUGACUCACCAGCCAAGCUUCAAUGCCACCUAAUUGAGCACAGCUUUGAAGGCAUGGGAGGGACGUUCAAGUGUCCAGUCUGCUUCACAGUGUUUGUCCAGGCCAACAAGCUCCAGCAGCACAUCUUCUCCGCCCACGGCCAGGAGGAUAAGAUCUACGACUGCUCGCAGUGCCCCCAGAAGUUCUUCUUUCAGACGGAGUUACAGAACCACGCGUUGACUCAGCACAGCAGCUAACGUGACGGAGAUCAGCGGCACGGCCGAGAACGAGGAUCACAUGAAGCGGAGGAUGUUUUGAACCACCAAUUACCGUCAGUGCAGUUUUCCACUGACUGUCUUGCACUGAACUUUCAACCGAGUUACACCACAAGGAACCUAUGCCACAGCAAAGGAGUGGAAAAAAAGUAAAGAAAAUAAAAAAAUGAAAGCGAGAGAGAGAGAGAGAGAGGAAAGAACAAAAAAGUAACCCCUCUCCCGUCUUUACUCACCAUUAUUUCAAAAAUAAAUAAACGCCAACUCGUUUGUACAUAGUACCUUUCAUGUGUUGCUUAACUACAGCUAUAUUGCAAUCUUAUACAGUAUUUGCCAAUGUACAGUCCAACAUGUUUGUCCAAAAAAAAAGGAAGAAGGGGAGAAGAAGGGACAUGUAUUAAUCAGACUAAAGCAGUUGUGUACAGAAGAAACUUGGUGCCUCUGAGGGGGGAGGGAACUGUGGGGAAGGGUGAGUUUUGUCAGGAGGACUCUUUUCAUCAGCCCCACUCCUACGGCGCAGUGUGUCACUCUGUGUCCAGACGUGGUCGGUCGUUAUGGACGAGAAAAGCUCGAUUCACCAGCAAAGGCUGAAAUCUGCUCUCUGUCUCUGUGUGUGUGAUGGAGCCACCGAGCUGCGCUGCCUGUGCUGGGGUCCGUGUAAAAAAAAAAAAAGAAAAAACCUAACAGAAAGAUGAGGAGAGAGAAAAGAGGACAGGAUGCUGAUAUAUGCAAAUGCAGUGACACACAUUUGGAAAAGGCUAGUUGCUCUGGUUGGCUCGUGAACAGCAGCUCCCAUGUGGCUCUUAGAGCAUGAGGGACAUUUUCAGCCCACUGACUCAACCUGUACAUUUCUGUUAGUAAUGUUUACUGCUCUUUGAAGCCUGGAGAUUACUGGAUAUUUUUUUUAUUAUUAUUAAUAUUAUGGUUAUUGUUCUUUUUUUUUCUUUUUGUUUUCUCGCUACAUGUUUUCACCACGAGGGAGUGGUUUCACUUGGAUUCAUGAGGAUUGAAUGUGUUUUUCAGCCUUUUGUGGGGAUACGUUGUAAUUAAAAAUCCGUCCCUGGCUCUCCUGGAGAGUGUCCAAGUUCCUCUUCGUGUUCCUUUGCAGUAUCCCGUUGCUCUCUGCUCCGGCCGGACGCAGCUGUGGCGUCACACGCGACUCUGCAACCAUUCUGUUCUGUAAAUGUUUUGCAUUCAUUGAACCUGAGAUGCACUUUUGUAUGAGACUUUAAUGUUUUGACCUUUUGAUUGAGAAUUGUUCGUACACAGUUUACAGGAAGCCACCAUCUCCUGCAGCUAAAGGACAGUUAUACCCGAUGUUAUUAAAUUGUAUUGUACAAAUAUGGAGUUCUGUAUUUGGCAGACCUCGUUUUUUUUGUGUUGCACAUGUGAUGAAAAUAUUAAAAACUGUAUGAUGAA